GUCAGCGCGUUGUGACGCAGGGCAGCCGGUGGGCCUCGCCGGCAGUCGGCCCGGCGCCGGAGUGAGUGGCAGAGACUCCCGACUUCGUCCCGACAGACUCACCCCCGGUACGGCGUAUGUCCGACUGUCAGAACCUGCAGAGCUUCGAUCCCUUUGCUGAUGCGUUCAAGGGUGACGACCUCCUCCCUUCCGGGGCUGAGGGCCACAUACACAUAAGGAUUCAGCAGAGGAACGGUCGCAAGACCCUCACCACGGUCCAGGGCAUCGCGGACGAGUAUGACAAAAGGAAACUCCUCAGGCACUUCAAAAAGCAAUUUGCCUGCAACGGCACUGUGAUCGAGCACCCGGAGUACGGUCAGGUGAUCCAAGUUCAAGGCGACCAGCGCAAGAACAUCUGCGGAUUCCUGGUGGAGGUUGGCAUCGUCAAGGAAGAGCAACUCAAGGUCCAUGGUUUCUAAUGGACUCGAGCCCUGCGGACACACAGCCUGUAAGAUAAUGAUAGACCCCCCCUUGUCUCAUGGACGGUACCCAGCCAGCGAGACUGCAGGAAUGGACGUCUCGCCUCUCCAUCUGCUGCAGCCAGCUCAUUUGACCCAACCGCUUCCGUCCCAGUUGACUCCAGACGUGUUUUGUAGCAUUUGAGCUCACUUUUAGAACUUUUUGUAGAGUGUUUAAUUAAAAAACAAACAAACACACACAGUUGAAUAACUGUUUCUGACGUUGGGAGUCUCCUUGUGCUGUGUCCUUGAUGAUCUGGCUGGGUACUGGGUACGUCCUGGGUUCAAAGAAGUUUCAACAGGUACAUUUAAUUAGACGACAGACAGUAGGUGCAGGAGCAGGCCAUUCGGCCCUUCUAGCCAGCGCUGCCAUUCACUGUGAUCAUGGCUGAUCAUACACAAUCAGUACCCCGUUCCUGCCCUCUCCCCACAUCCCUUGACCCCGCUAUCUAUAAGAGCUCUAUGUAACUCUCUCUUGAAAGCAUCCAGAGACUUGGCCUCCACUGCCUUCUGGGGCAGAGCAUUCCACAGAUCCACCUGGGUGAAAAAGUUUUUCCUCAACUCCGUUCUAAAUAGCCCCUACCCCUUAUUCUUAAACUGUGG